GAAGAGAGGUAGCGUGCUUUCUUGUCCUGAUCCCAGCGACGAGCAGGUACAUGCUCAGACAGGCACUGUGAACGGCGGUCGUAACAGCGUACUACAGCCCCUCCCCCCGGAAGAGCAUAGUAUGCGCUGGGGGUGGGGAAGAAAUCAACCUAUCGCAUAUAGUCGCAUGAACUCUCAAGAUGGAGCUCAGCACACCAUCACUGGUGAUAUCUAUGGCGACCAUGCCUCACCUCGCAACUAUCAGCAGUCAGGGGUGCCGACCCCUGCCGAAAACGGCAUCUCAUAUCAAGUCACUCCGUCGCAGGUGUGGACCCUCAACACUGGCGAAGGCGACCUCAAUGUUCUAGCAACUGCUGCGGCGCACGUGACAUCUCAUGGAGAGGAGACUUUGGAGACACACGAUCCUGUUGCCACCACAGCCCAACAGCCCAACGAGCAGUACACUAAUGCCAUGGACUUCAGCCACCUGCUCAAUAGCGACUCGGCCUCGGGUCCUUCGCCGCCCGGCGAGGACGAUGAGGAACGCAAUGGAGAGCUUCAGGACGAUGCCAAUGUCUCAUUGCCAAGGCAGCAAGAAGUUCCAGAGGAGCAGACUGAGCAACUCAACGCAGAGCUCCAGAAUGCUGCUGAGGUUCAGCAACCGAAGAAGCGAAGCCACCGCAAGAGGAGUGAGUUCGACACACGCUCGCCGGUAUCGCCGUUCUCGCGCUGAUGAUUAGUAGAGAAUUGGUAGACUUGUGCUUGAGACGGUGUCUCGAUGGUCGUCGGAUGUGUCUUCAUUAAGGAGUCAACUUUCUCCUUGACGACGCUAUUGCGGCAUACUCGCAGUUCUUGCUCACAUCGGUGGGGCAGCACACUGCCGCAGCUGGCCAAAACGGUCGGCGUCGGCCAGUCUCAGAACUCCAGUCGGAGUGGCUGUUAGAGGCUGUUAGAGGCUGUUAGAGGGGAGCAUGAAUUAGCUUCUGUAUGGGUUAGAUUGCAC